AUGAUAUUGAAUGUGAAAAAUCCAAAAAUAAAGGGAGUAUUUCGAGUCGUGUCAAGUUUAUGUAAUUCAAAUAAAUUAAAAAAUGUAAAUUAUAUAAAUAAAAAAAGAGAAAAAGUAGUUAUUUUAGGAUCAGGAUGGGGUGGUAUUCAUUUUUUAUUAAAUAUAGAUUUUCAAAAAUAUGAUGUAACAUUAAUAUCGCCAAGAAAUUAUUUUACUUUCACUCCUUUGUUACCUUGUUUAUGUAGUGGAACAUUAAAUGUAGAUGCAUGUUCAGAAAAUGUUGAAACUUUAUUAAAAAAAAAUAAAAUUUCUGGCAAAUAUUUAAAACUAGAAUGUAUAGAUAUAGUAUAUAAAGAUAAAUAUAUAAAGUGUAAAGAUAGUAUAAAUAGUAAUAAUGAAAUUAAAAUAUAUUAUGAUUAUUUAGUUAUUUCAGUUGGAGCCAAAACAAAUUCUUUUAAUAUAAAAGGAGUAGAUAAAUAUGCGUUUUAUAUAAAAGAUAUAAUUGAUGCUUUAAAAAUAAGAAGAAAAUUUAUUUCAAAUUUAGAAACAUGUCUAAAAAGAAUAAAAACAAAUAAUACAAAUUCUGAACAUUAUACUAAUAAUAAUAUAAAUGAUGAUUUAGCAAAAAAUAUGUUACAUGUUGUUAUUGUUGGGGGGGGACCAACAGGUGUUGAAGUGGCAGCUGAGUUAGCAGAUUUUGUAAAUAAAGAUAUCAAAAAUAAAAAUAAAUAUAAAGAAAUUUAUAAAUAUAUAUCUAUUAGUAUUAUUGAAGGGGGAAAUAAUUUACUUCCAACAUUUACACAAAAUAUAUCAAAUUUUACAAAAGAUACUUUUAAAAAAUUAAAUAUAAAUGUAUAUACAAAUUAUUAUGUAAUUGAAAUAGAUGAAAAUAAUUUUUAUAUAAAAUCAAGUAUAAAUAAAAAUGAAGAAUAUCAAAAAAUACCAUAUGGUAUAAUUAUAUGGGCUAGUGGCUUAGCUCAAAUACCAUUAAUAAAUAAUUUUAUAAAAAAAAUACCUGAACAAGUUAAUAAUAGAAUAUUAAAUGUAAAUCAAUACUUAAGAGUUAUUGGAAUACAAUCAAAUAAUAUUUAUGCAAUAGGGGAUUGUAAACAAAUUAAUCCUAUUAAAUCUCAUGAGCAUGUUAAUGAAAUAAUAAAUUGUUUAGGAAAUUCAAAAAUCACAUCAGAUAUGUUAAAACAAAAAUCAGAAGAAUUAUCAAGUAUAUUUCCACAACUUAGUGAUAAAAAAUGGGAUUAUAAUAAAAAUAAAAAAUCAGAAAUGACCCCAAAAGAAUUAGAAAAAUAUUUAAUUAUGAUUGAUAAAAAUUAUAAGUCACCUCCACCAACAGCUCAAAAUGCUAAACAAGAAGCUUUUUAUUUAUCAAAUAUAUUUAACAAUUAUUUAUAUAAUAAUAAUAAUAUAAUACCACCAUUUAUUGAAAAAUGGAAAGGUUCAUUAGCAUAUGUAGGGAACCAUCAAGUAGUUGCUCAUUUACCAUUUUAUGAAAUUAAAGGGGGGCUUUUUUCUUUUACAUUUUGGAAAAUUAUUUAUAUGCAAAUGUUAUUAACAUGGAAAUCACGUUUUAAUUUUAUCUUUAGUUUUUUAAGAACAAAAAUAUAUGGUAGGCCAUUCUACUGA